AACUAAAUAAAGAUCGUUAUAUAUUUGAUGAUAUCAAAUAUCUCAAGUAAUUCAGAAUAAAAUAUUGACUAAAACAAUCUUCCAAUUUUAUCAUUUCUGAAUAAUUAGAGGAAGAGAUCAAUUCAAUAUGUUAGAUUUAGGAUGCAAACAGUAAAAGUUUAUAAAAACUUUGCUUGCUAUCAAGUAUUAUUCAAUUUUUAUCAAUUUUAUAGGUCGAGGUAAAUGAGUAAGGAAACAUAUGGAUUAUGGAAAUACGCUAUAGCACCCUGUAGCAAUUCUAUGAAAAACUUAAGGAAUAUUUAGAUAUUAAACUAACAUUCCCUGGUAAACUUUUAUUUGGAAACUUACGUCCAGAUAAUUUGAAAAAAAGAGCCAUCGGAAUUUAAUAGUUUUUAUAAGAAUUAGGCAGGUAAAUAAUAUGUCAUAUCAUCUAGCAAUUAUUAACUCAUUAAUUCUCAAGUGUGUUCUGAAUUUUUAGCAAAGCAGCGACACUAUGGCACUCAUGUAAUCGAUCUAACUGAAUCAGAAGAAUUCGAAUUAGACGCUUGACUAAUUUUUUUCAUAAUUAAAUUC